AUGGGCGGUGAUAGUAGCUUCAACCGCCAAACCACUGCUGUAGCCGGAGGCAGCAGUGCCGAACCCACCCCCGCCAACAAUGUGGGCGGUGGAGAAGGAUGGGGUGACAGGCUCUGGUUAGGUGGCAAAGAAGAAGGAUUGGGUCACUCCGUGGCUACUAAUCCCAGAUCAACAAUGGGCGACUUCCUUGCUUUACAAGAUCAGAAGACGCGUGGGCAAAAUAAGUUCAUUCAGCGUGAGAACUUGGUUGGUACCGAUGCUAAACCCAUGAACGCCGAGGGAGAGCCAACUUGUGCCACUGAAGAUCAUAGUUUUAUGACCCGAAAGGCUGGUGACCCAGAUACUUAUCCUGGAUGGGGUGCAUUCAAGAGGUUUUUCGGCAUGUGA